GAGGAGGUGGAGGUGGAGGUGGAGGUGGAGUAGUAGUAGUAAUAGUAGUAGUAAUAGUAAUAGUAGUAGUAGUAGUAGUAGUAGUAGUAAUAGUAGUAGUAGUAGUAGUAGUGUAGUAGAAGGAGGAGGAAGAGGAGGAGGAGGGCCGCCGACGAAGAGAGGAAGAGAGAGAGAGAGAGGGGGAGACUCGGGAAGAGCGCAAGUUCUCAUUGGUUCGCGCCUCGGCCAUAUUAUAAGCGGCUGCAGUCCGCGCUAGUUAAUGUUAGCCCGAACCUCCACAAGAGACAGACGCAUCUCUUUUGCUACUACCUAUAUAUAUAUAUAUUAUAUAUAUAUAUAUAUAUACACGUGUAUAUAUGUAUAUAUAUAUUUUUUUCUCAGUUGAAAAAGUUUUCGUAUUUAAAAUAUAUUCGUUUAAAAUUCGCGCGGGUUAAAAAUCUAAAGAAAGACAGACACAGAGAAAGAAAGAGACGAGAGAGAGAGAGAGAAAGAGUUUAAUCUCCUAUAUUACUAUUCUCUUCUCUUUCGCGUGCAACACAGUUAAAUAUCGCAAGUCGAACUGAGUGAUUAUACUUAAUAUCGUUUGCGGUUCCUCUUGGAUAACUUUCUCGAGGAAGGACAAAAGUGAAUAUAAGUGAAAGAAAAGCAGAGAGAAAGAGAAAGAAAGAGAGAGAGAGAGAGAGAAAAAGAAAGAGAGAGAAGAAGAAAAGAGAAAAGAGAAGAGUGGAGAUUUAAAGAGAGUGCGACAUCGACGGGAUCCUUUCGAUCGCGAAUACGCGCUGUGCGAGACCUAAUUUCGUUGACUCUCCGGAGAGUGGAGCGCUCGAAGAGAGCGUGAACUAUACGAAACGAGAGAGAAAGAGAGAGAGAGAGAGAGAGAAGGAAAGAGAGAAAAAGAUCGGACGAAGACUGUGAAAGAAAAAAAGAAGAGGGGAAAUACAGAUACAAAGCAACAACAACAACAACAACAACAAUGAUGAUGAUGAUGCGUCGCGAACAAAAAGGUCAAGCAUCCUUGAGAAAGCAAAUGUCGUCCUUCUCGACGUCGCCAUUGGGCAACCAUUCGGCAUAUAACAGGACGACGAGGUACGAGCUUGGUCUCUCGAAUUCAUCGUCAUCCUCUUCCUACCCCUCGUCGUCGUCGUCGUUAUCGUCGUCGUCGUCGUCGUCGUCGUCGUCGUCGUCGUCCUCGUCGACGAGCUGCCCAAGUCUCUUGACUGUCUUAGCAUGGACGGCUACGUUAUUACUUGUCUCGUCUUGUCUUGGUAUUGCCGACGCUGGUGUCCUCAUGAGUCAUCCCUUAGGUAAACGGUCUUACCUUGAUAUCUCUUGCAAGGGCGUUUACGAUAAGAGCAUCUUCGCUCGUUUGGAUCGUAUCUGCGAGGACUGCUAUAAUCUUUUCCGCGAGCCACAGCUUCAUGUACUUUGCAGAAAAAAUUGCUUCACCACCGACUACUUCAAGGGAUGCUUGGACGUAUUAUUAUUAACGGACGAGAUGGAGAAGAUCCAAAUGUGGAUCAAGCAACUCCAUGGGGCCGAUCCCGGGGUUUAGGCAAGACUGCUUCGGCACUCAAUACUUCAUGAGCUGCAUUCAAGCGUUGCUACUUGAAGACGAGAAGGAGAAGUUCCAAGGGAUGGUCGAGUACCUCGGUCGCAAGAAGUAAGCGAGAAAAGAAGGAAGGAAGGAAGGAAGGAAGGAAGGAAGGGAGAGAGAGAGAGAGAGAGAGAGAGAAGGAGAAAGAAAUGAAGAGAGAAAGAGAGGAAAAAAGUAAGGAAGAAUAACGGUAGGCUUACGAAGGCGAAGAGACUACGAUAAGAAGACACGAAGAUGACGUGGAUGAUUACAUGGAUGAUUUCACGAGGAUUUCAGGUUUGCAUGUUAUAGCAAACAAACAAUUUUAUAUAUAUAUAUUUUAACCGGAAGUCUACUCUGUUCGAUUUGAAGACGAACGUCUUUUAAUGAAUAUUUUCGUUCGUUUGAUCAACGAAGAAAGAAUUUUUAUCGUUACACUUUGCUCUAUCCAAAUAUCCCUCCCUUUGCUACUCACCCCUAGCCUUAUUUUAUUUCUUUCUUUUUUGUUCGUUUCUUGUCUCUUAUAUAUAUAUAUAUAUAUAUGUAUGUAUGUAUGUAUGUAUAUGUAUAUAUAUAUGUGUGUAUGUGUGUGUGUGUGUGUGUUAUUGAUUUUCAUUGAAAAGAAAAAUUAAAAAAAAAAAAAAGGAAAACUGAUCCAAACUAUAUUGAAGUAAAUUAAACUAUACCCGAUCAAGUAGAAUAAAAAGGAUCUAUGAUGAUAUUAUGCGAAUAGAUCGAUCUAACGUAUAUACUCUUCUUUUUCUUCCCUUUUAUUCGAAUCAAUGAAAUUUUCGAAUGUACUUAUUACAUCAUUUGUACGUUUGAUUAAAAUCCUCGUAAAUAUCGGGAUCAUUAGAUCAUGAUUAAUAUGGAUUAAUGUAUUGUUUCCGUUUUUGAUUUUGUUUUUUUUUUCUUUUCCUUUUUUUCUUUUCUCCUUCGUUCGAACGUCAACGAAUCGCAUUAUAAUUAGGGUAUUUGAUAUCGGUCGUAGUCUCUUCGACGAGUUACAAGAAUACGAAGAAUAAUGAGAAACAAACGAACGAAUAAACAAACAAACAAACAAACAAACCAACAAACAAACAAAUAUACAAACAAACAAAAUAUAUAUAUAUAUCAAGCGAAACGGUACGAUCGAGCCAUACGAUUACAGCAAGUUAAAAACCCCAUACGAAUUCUAGUCGACAAAAUAUCUGCGCUCGCGCACUGCGCCACGUCUUUUUUUUAUGCGUUCAAUCAUUAUUAAUUAUUACUUAAUAACUCGUCCUUUUAUCGUGUUAGCUAUUAUUAUUAUUAUUAUUAUUAUUAUUAUUAUUAUUUUAUUAAUAAUUAUUAAUUAAUAUUAUUGAUUAACAUUAUUAUUAUCACAUUACGUAGGUAAUGAUAAUGCUCAUGAGCAUUUCGCAACAUGCAGCUCUGACAAUAAUUGCACAGAAUAAACAAACAAAAAAUUAAAAAAAAAGAACAUUCACGAGUCGCCUAAAAAAAAAAAGAAAAUAAUAAUUUUUUUCGAUUGCAAUCAAUCUUCACUCGUUCCGUUUGUUUUUAUAGUACAAUAAAUGUAGAAAAAUUAUAUAUAUAUAUAUAUACAUAUAUAUGUAUAUAUAUUUAUAGAUAUUAUGUGAAAAAUAAGAAAAAAUUGCAAAAAUGGCGGACUCACGAAUAAUAAUCUGUGCAACGUAUUGCAAGUAAAUGAAGGAGUUUAUAUUGUUUGAGUUCUCUUAUAUAUUACUCUUUUGCAAAUCUUUAUUUAUUUUUUUCUAUGAGUCUAAGAUCGUAAUUUUUUUUUAACAUUUAGUAGAGAGAGAGAGAGAAAGAGAGAAAUAGAGAUAGAGAGAAAGAGAAAGAGAAUAGUAUUAAUAACUCGUGUGUACCUAUCGAACAUUGCCGCACGCGCGCAUAUAUCGCGUAUUCGCGAUGGCUUCAUUUCCAAAAAAAAAAGAGAAAGAAAAACAAACGAAUUUGUUGAAUAUUUAUUUUUCCAUAAUAUAUAUAUAUACGUGUGUGUGUGUGUGUAUGAUAGAAAAAUGAAUUUUUGUUUUUUUGUUUUUUUUUUUUUUUUUUUUUAUAUAUAUGAUUUAAGAAAACAGAAUUUUUUAUCUUUCAAUUGAGAGAAACAAAAAAAAAGAAGAAAAAAGAGAAAAAAGAAUUUUUUUUUCAUCCCUCGGAAUGAACGAGGAAAAAAUUUCCGGUUAUUUUUCGAAUUAAUGAAAGUAAAUCUUCUUUUUAUUUUUUACGUUUUUUUUUUUUUCCCCCAAUUGAAAGAAAGAAAGGAAAAAAGAAGAAGAAGAAGAAGAAGAAGAAAAUUAAAUCUUUUUUCUCUCUCUUUUACGAGAAGAAGUAUUCGUGAAAAUCCGCGAUAAUAAUUCCGACGUAAUGAUAAUACCAACAAUAGUAACAACUAUAACAACUACAACAACAAUAACAACAAAUCGUCUCGCGUAGUAUGACGCGUUAGAAAGAUACGAACCAUUCCAAAAAACAGUAUUUGAAACCAUUCCGCCGCUCGUUGAUCUUCCGCGAACGCGUUUGUUCGAUUCUUGUGUUCCCUCUCCACCCUCCACCCUCUACCCUCCACCCUUCACCCUCCACCACCCUUAAUAUCAACACCCACUUGUAAUCCCAACUUAACCCUUCUCUUAACCCUUUACUCUUUCCUCACUCGAUCCUUUUCACACCCUCUUCGUUAAUGUCGAAUAAUUCCAUUAGAUUCCAAUAGUACGAUAUUAAAUAUAAUAAAAAAUCGGCAAUUGAAAAAGAAAAAAAAAAGAUGGAUCUACGUUACCGACCGAUUCCGAUCAUCGCAGUUCGAUGAUGUACGUGUACAUGUGCAUAUAUAUGCUUGUAUGUGAUGGAUCGGAAUGGAUCGAAAUUAAAAAGUGAUCCAACAAAGUUACUCCAUUGACUCUAAUUAACAUUCCAUUGAGAUCUUAUUAAUCUCUCUCUGCUUGAAAUAUUAUAUACAUAUAUAUAUAUAUAAUUGUGUUAAAAAAUUGUCAAAAAAAUGUAUCACAAGAGAGAUUGUUUUAUUUUAUUUCAUUAGAAGUAUUAGAAAGAAAGAUGGUCUUCGGUUUGCGAAGCGAUUCGUUUAUCAUUUUUUAUUUCUUUUUCCUGUUUUUUUUUUUUUUUUUUUUUU